GGCACGGCACGGCAAAGAGUCGGCGUUGAGAUUCGCAUUGAGGCAGGUCGGAGCGCUACGAGCCGCGCUACGAGGCGCAGAGAUCAAUGCACCCGUAAUCAUCUCCAUUCGCCGUUGUCAUUGUCGUCGCUCCCGUUCGAGCCUGGACAGACGGAUCCUCGACAGAAACCAAGUCCCCAUGAUAGACGUCCAGAUGCGCGAAUGUACGGACGUCGAGACGGAACCGGAACGCGCGACGGUCCCGACCAAGGAAACGUCCCGUCGACGAUGGGUACGAUGAAUAUGGAUCGCGAGGAGAAGGAUCGCGAAAGAAGAAGCGAUAGAACGACGGAGGCGCAUUAUCGGUCAUCCAAGACGAAGACGACAAAGACGACGACGACGACGACGACGACGACGACGACGACGACGCCACGUCCCGCUCGCGAAAUGGUGGUGCGCUCGACAACACUCGCGCUCUGUGCAACUGUACAGUGAAAUGCAAGUAUAUAACAUCGAUGCACGCCGGCGGAUGAGAAGUGGGCGUCUCUGCACGGACACGCGCCAAUCGUUAGCCGGAGGAAUCAUUUAUCGACGCUCCGAAGGAGGAACACGAAGAGCGGAAUUUAGCGUGGAGGAUCAUCCGCGAGUGUGUUUCCGAAAGAGUCGUCCGGACGAGUUGUUGGAUAAUCGUCGGCGUGAUCUACUUUCGACGAGAGGAAUCGAUCGAGGAAGGCCCUUAUUAGAAUUUGAAACCUCAACGAGGAGGAUUCCGUGUCGUGUCAGUCGGAUUAAACGGGAACCGAUUUACAUCGCAGAAUUACAUUGAUCGAGCAUUAUAGAGAUCCCUCCCACACUUGAGUUUGUGACUAAUCGAUGUAACGCAGGCGGCGUACCUCGGAUGACUCUUGGAGAAAAGAAGCGAGAGCGAGAGAGAAAGGAUGCUAAGAGUGACAUUUUCCAAUGCUUUAUCGUCUCUUCGGAUCGGUAGUUAAGAUCGAAAACUCGGAUGCUUUCAAGUGAUUCAUGGUGAUGAGUCUGACGUUUUCGCUCGCCUUUACUCACGAACGAGCGAGAAAGAGAAUUUUUCGAAUAUCGGCCGUCGAAACGGGAGUGAUAAAGAGUUUUUGCCGGAAACUGUGUCCAUGAAUGUCACAGAAACGGUGGUGGUUUCCUCCACGUUUCUCGAGGCUGGAAAGAAUAAUCAAGAGCUUCGAUGAGCCAGUCUCCGAGUAAUAAAUGGUGACCUAGAAGAAAUAAGAACCUCGAGGGUGGAGUCUAGAAGAGAGAAAGGAAGAGAGAGAAGAUGACAGUGAGAAAGGAAAAGAAAAAGAAAGAUGUCCAUCAAGAUACUAGAGAGAAAUAAGGAGAAGUUUAGAGGAAGAAAAUAGCAUAGUGACACGAGAUGCUGCUAAUCACCUUACCGUUCAAUCACGUUAUUAUGCCAUAUAAAUAGAAUCGCUUUCGACAAAAUCUUGAAUUACUUAGAAAGGAAAAAUGUAUACGCGAAUCAUGGUGUAUAAUUCUAGAAACUAGUUAUCCCUUCAACGAAGGAGAGAAAGGCGUCAUCGUUAAAUACUUACUCGACAAAGAAGGAAACAUAGGAGAAGUGAAAUCGCAUCGAACUGAAUCGCGAGCGAGUUGAAAGGUGUCAGGAGGGGUCAGAUUUGACGCGGAUCGAUGUGACACAGUAGGCUGACGUCGAUGGAUGGCGAUUACGAGCCGGAAAAGCAAGUUGACGAGAGGCACCUUACGCGUGCGAAGGUAUACGCGGGGAGGGGAACUGCGAUGGUGAUGCAACAGUCAUCGACCGAGCGGAGGAGACGCCUCCGGGAAAUAGAGCAAUGGUGAAAGUGCAUGUUCGCGGACGUGCGCGAUCCGUUUCAUCCUCCGCGAGAGGAGGACGAGUAAGAAGUAUCGAUAGAUCGGAGUAUUACGGAGUAUUACGGAAAGCGACGACUCGGUCAAGGUGGCUGUCAAGUGGUAGACGAUUAAGAACGCGAGGUAUCCUCUUGAGACGAUGUGUUCAUCGAUUGACCCCGCGAAUCGUCCUUCGCGAGGGAGAACGGUGGACGUAAGUCCGCUUGCGAGUAUCGUCGCAAUGAUAGAUCGAAGGCUUAGUACGGAUGGAGUUGAGUAAGAUACUCGUAACGAUCGAGACGUUAUCCCAGAAACGUAGGACCAACGAUCUCUUUCGCCAAGUUAUCCCGACGAGAGUUAUGCGCCAACGAUUCACAAGAGAGCUCGUAAACGAGAAGCUUGUGAAACUGAGAUUGGAGAAGAAAGAUGCGGAGAUACGGAUAUGGGAAUUACUCAUCUCAAGAUAUAAAUGUUACUUUGAGAAAGAGACAUGAAUCCCUUCGCAAUGAGGGAUCUUGCACGAAGGUGAUUCAUUGCGCUUGAAAUAAGGGAAAAUUUGCGACAAACAAGGGUGGGAGAGAGAGAGAGAGAGAGAGGGAAAGAGGAACGAGGGGGUAUUGGUCAAUUAAUGCGGCUUCCUUGAAUUCUGUGAGACUUUAGCGCGACGUAGCGCGCCUCGUAGGAGAAGGACGUAUUAUGCACAGGUGCACGGACUACCGUAGUAUCGAUAGGAUGUUCAAGAGCAGGAUUUUCCAGGGCGAUCUCAGCCCCGUCCCAAUUCCAGGCAGCCUGCAACAAUCCAGUCAGCAAGGCCAGCAGAGCGAGCAGGAAUUGGCGACAAAAAUGCUGCAAAUUCAAAGCAAAAGAUUUUAUCUCGACGUAAAACAAAACAGACGUGGAAGGUUUAUCAAAGUCGCUGAGAUUGGAGCGGAUGGAAGAAGAAGCCAAAUCUAUUUGGCACUCAGUACAGCAUCCGAAUUUCGGGACCAUCUGUCGACGUUUAGCGAUUUUUACGCAUCUCUAGGUCCGCCAAAUCCGGAAAACGUACCAGAUGACGGCAAACUCAAGUCAGAAAUGAUGGUGAAGGAUAAUAGGCGAUAUUACUUGGACCUCAAGGAGAAUUCUCGCGGCCGUUUCCUGCGGGUGAGUCACCCUGUGUCGCAGACGAUAACACGGGGAGGACCUAGGACACAGAUUGCAAUACCAGCGCAAGGUAUGAUAGAGUUUCGCGAUGCGUUAACGGACCUUCUCGAAGAAUUCGGGACGGACGACGGUGGCUUUAAAGGUGACUUACCGGAGGGCCGCUAUAUGCGCGUGGAUAGUAAGAAUUUCUAUUUUGAUAUCGGCCAAAACAACCGUGGUAUCUACAUGAGAAUUUCUGAGGUGAAGACAAACUUCAGGACAGCCAUCACCGUACCGGAAAAGUCUUGGGCGCGUUUCCGUGACAUCUUUGCGGAUUAUUGCGAAAAGAUGAAAGAGGGCGGCGGCGUCAGCAGCAGCGGCGGAGGGAAUGUAUUGUCCGAGGGGAAGGGCUCGGUGGUGGCACAGGUACCAUCGCCAUCCUCGAACACACAGCCUAACCCCAAUCCAAAUUUAGACUCUCCCUUAAUCAAGUGAAAAAGGCUUUAACUUAACUCGAACAUUUGGGAAUUAUAACUUGUUUUCAAGUCAUUAAGCGAAGUAAAGGAACUUGUCAGAGUCUAUGCCAUCGUCGGUCAUCGUCAUUAUUAUUCAUCGGCUAUGACAUCGACAUGAUCAUCGGUAUGAUCAUCGUCAUUGUCGCACCGCCAUUGACAUCACAUUACUGUCACCGUCGCCUGUCACCGAGAUACCGUCAUCGACACCAUCAUCGUCAUCGCCACCGUCAUUACUUGCCAUCAAGCGCGAACACCAAAACUCGCCUGAAAUAUGGCUAUUAUAUCGCGGUAAAGAGUAUCAGUCGAUUGUUGAAUAUAUAUUCAUUUAAUCACAGAUUUGAUAAAAAAAUGAAAAAAGACGGGGUGCACGACGGUACAUGGUUAUUAAUGAUUGGCGCGUCUCGCGAAGGUGAAAAAGAUAGAAGGUGGAAAAGGGAUAGAUAGAUGGUGAAUGUAUUUUGUGCGUGUGUGUGUGUAUGCGUGCGUGCGUGCGUGCGUGCGUGCGUGCGAGCGAGUGUGAGCGUGUGUGUGUUUGCAUGGAGAGAAAACGAGUCACUGCCGCUCGUGCGACUAACACAGAAUAGAUAACAAGAAAAAAAGAGACACGCAACGACGGAGAAUCGAGAGUAUAAUUAUUGCGCGAUAUCUUUUUAGGCGAACACGAGUUGCCAUCGAUUAACGUUAUGAGUACUACCGUUCAUUUCCUGGCUUUCUGCAAACGCACGUCUAUUUGGUUUCACUGAGCUUCUUGUACUAAUUUUUCAUUCUCAGACAUUCAGAGUACGCGUUUUACUUGUCACGUGUGUGCGUUGAACGAACAAGAAUCUUUGAACGGGAAAUGGACUGUAGUGUGUAUCACGUUACAAUUGAAUUUGAUCGUUCAGAAUUUAUGAAUAAAUAGUUGUUAUAUUAACGAUUAUAUCACGACGAAGUAGAAAGGGAAAAAAACGUGUGGUUUGUCGCGAGAGAAAGAGAAAAUAAGGAAAAAGAUCUAUCGUGUCUACGUAGGUAGUAUGUCUCUCUUCGAUUUAACCGGAAAAGAAAUUCUCGAAUCAAGUCGCUGUAUUUUCGGUGAACACUCAUCGAGCAAAAGUCGCAGAUAGUGUGAAGAUGUAGAUAAAAUAUUGCUGAACGCCUCUUGCGACUCCAUUGUCGUUUUCUCGGCGAUAAGAGAGUGCGAUUUACUACCGUGGUUAAGUUGAACGAAACAUAAGAGAAAAAGAAACCAAGAAUAAAAAUGAGGAAAUAUUCGCGUAUUAUCGUAAAUAUCCGAAUAUUUAUGUAUUACUGUCUGCACCGCGACAUCGUACACUCGUUUAAAAACUGAACGACGUCUUUAUUAAAAGUAAUGAGAUAAUAUAUAUAGCAUAGGUGAGGGAGAGAGAAAAAAAGGGAUGGUAAUCCAAGAGAAUAUGAAACCAUAUAUUAAUACAUAUUAAUAUGUAUAUUAUACAAAGUUAAUUAUAUGUUUUGUUUCGUCGAUUCAUACGAAAGGUGUGCACGCGAUCAUAUGUAUGGAAAAGGCGCGUAAGAGAAAUGCGCUUUUACAAAAUGCAACACACACACACACACACACACACACACACACACACACACACAAUACUAUAUACAUAUAUACAUGCAUGAACUUAUGCACGUAAAAACAUGCAAUAUACACUUGGAA